UUUUUUUCUCUUCAGCGUCCGUGCGAUGGUCCAGUGAGCUGUAAAUGGACGCGAACCUCUGGCUGUGAUCUGGCACCCCCGAUCCCCCAACCCACCGGGGCAGCGCGCGAGACGUAGCGUUGGGCGAAAUAAAGAGGGGGCCCGGUGGGUGUUGGUCGCGAGCCGCGAAACAUGGGCACCGUGCUCUCCAUCUCUCCCACCUCCAGGAAAGGGGGGAUCGUGGACGAGAAGACGGCGGAGGGCGGCCGCGGCGCGAGCGGCAAGGCGGAGAAGAGCCUGAAGCGCCCCUCGGUGCUCAUCUCAGCCCUGACGUGGAAGCGCCUGGUGGCCGCGUCGGCCAAGAAGAAGAGCGCCAAGAAGGUGAACCCCAACCCACCCGCGCCUCAGCUCGGCAACCCCGUGGAGCAGCUGAACACCGAGAACCUCAAGAAGUCCCAGUCAGGAUCCGAGCGCAAGAAGCCGGGACCUCUAGCCGUGCCGGUGCCCACCGUCCCUGACAAGAACCUCCGGGCCGGACAAGCGCCCAACGGCUCCCAAAGCGGCAAGCAGCUCCUCUCGGUCCAGAGGCAGCCCAGCAGCCGCUCCAUCAUCUCCCCGCGCCGGGUCAUCGUCCAGGCGUCGACCGGGGAGCUCCUGCGCUGCCUGAGCGAGUUCAUGUGCCGGAGGUGCUACAAGCUCAAGGAGCUGAGCCCCAACGAGAUCAUCCUGUGGUUCCGCAACGUGGACCGCUCGCUGCUGAUCCAGGGCUGGCAGGACCAGGGUUUCAUCACCCCGGCCAACCUGGUGUUCGUGUACCUGCUCUGCAGAGAGGCCGUGACCGAGGACGUGUCCAGCGAGUACGAGCUGCAGGCCACGUUCCUCACCUGCCUCUACCUGGCCUACUCGUACAUGGGCAACGAGAUCUCGUACCCGCUCAAGCCCUUCCUGGUGGAGACCAACAAGGAGGUGUUCUGGGAGCGCUCGCUGCGCAUCAUCGACCGCAUGAGCGCCAAGAUGCUGCGCAUCAACUCCGACCCGCACUUCUUCACCGAGGUCUUCCAGGACCUCAAGAACGAAGGAGGCUCCAAGGACGCGGACGGCAAAUGGACCAGUAACCUGGACCGCUAGGCCUCGGCUCGCCUUUUGCUUUUGCAACGGGAGAGGGAGAGAAGCUGAGAGGCUCUCUGUUACCUCCCCCACCCUCCUCUCCUCCACAGCCGUCCACCGAGAGGCGGAUUUGAAUGUAAAGGCCCGACGGGGGACGGCGUGAAGUUGCUCUUCUCGCCACUGCCGGCGAAUGACACGGAACAUGGACAGAGGUUGUCCCUCCUCACCUCCACCGCAGGGGUGGCUUCAUGUUAUUAUAAAUGUGUAUAACACGACCACGUCGACCCCGUGAAUGUCACGAAAGGGGGGGUUGUUUUUCUGGGGUCUAAUUCAUAGUUUACUUAAUGCAUGCUUAAGGUAUUCUCAUUGUAUCUUCAUUGUGGCUUUUAAAAGAAAAAAGAAAAAAGAGAAAAAGAGAAAAUCAUGCUACCUGGUGCCGGGCUACAGUGAGAGAUGUAUAAAGUGUUUAGCUUGUGCGUCACUGUUCCAGAUCUUUUUUUUUUCCUGGCGUAAGAGACUAGAAACCAAUGUUGUCACCGACGCUGAGCUGUCCAAGGUGCUGGCCUACAACAGACACUGCUCACAUGUGGCGCCUGAUGCUAUAUAUUUGAACGUUGAAUGUACUAUUUUACAACGAAGCGAUUCUCUACCGUCAAAAAUGUGCCAAUUGUUAUAGUAUAAAACGUAAUGUUUUAUAUUGUAUAUUUGAAAAAAAUAUAUAUAUGACUAUAAAUA